AUGGUCCGGCCCGCGGACCACCCGCUCCCGGGGGAACAAUGCCGGGGCAGCAGGGCGCGAAGAAAACACUCCGCUGAUUUCCGACCCACGUCGGCAGGGCUAUGGCUGGCCGUGCUGAGCGUUCUUCUGCUUCAGAUCCUGACCCCUUCGAUGGCUGCGACCUGCAAUCAGACGGUGUGCGACUGCAAGGGGCUGAAGGGAAGCCCCGGGCAGCUAGGACCGCACGGCAUCCCGGGGACCUCCGGUGAUCCGGGUGACCUCGGGUUCGACGGGCCGCCGGGGCUACGCGGGGAGCCGGGCAACCGAGGCGAGCUGGGCGUAACCGGCCCCAAGGGCUAUCGGGGUGACACUGGCGAACGGGGACCACAGGGUGUGCCGGGGUACGGGGGGCUACCGGGUGAGAGCGGGUUCCGAGGGCCCUUCGGGCUGGACGGGUGCAACGGGACGGACGGAGCGAUGGGCACGCCGGGGUACCCGGGACCGCCGGGGCCGCGUGGCCCGCAGGGUCCGGGAGGGUUGCAGGGGGUUCGGGGUGAUUCGGGUGAAGGUGGCAUCAACUCGAAGGGUACCAAGGGCGAGAAGGGCGUGAGCGGUGGCCCUGGGCAACCGGGGGUGCGCGGAUUUGUGGGCCAGCGAGGCGACCGAGGAUACGACGGAACGACCGGCGAGCCCGGCGAUAAAGGGUGGGACGGCGAGAGGGGUGACAGAGGCGAGGACAGCGAUGCGUCGUGCCGGGGGGAGAAGGGGGAACCAGGGGAACCGUUUUACUCGCUGAUCGGGCGCAACGAGACGGUCAACAUCGGCAUGAAGGGCCCGAAGGGCGAACGGGGCUGGGACGGGGCGGCCGGCCAGCACGGGUUGAAGGGGGACUCGGGCGUGCAGGGUGAACGAGGCCAGAAGGGGUUCAAGGGCGAGGAGGGCAACGAGGGCGACCGGGGCAAGCAGGGCAAGGUGGGGCCACUGGGAGCGGCCGGUGAGAAGGGCGAGAAGGGGGCCCCCGGGUACGCGGGACGAGACGGGGAACCGGGCGACCAGGGACCAACCGGGGACGACGGGCAGCCGGGGUUACCGGGGCGACAGGGAGCGCCGGGGUCGAAGGGCGAGUACCGGCCGGAGCUGGCACCGAUCGUGGUGGGGCCGCAGGGUCCGCAGGGGGACAUUGGGCCGCCGGGUCGGGCGGGAAUGGCAGGCGUUCCGGGGUCAAAGGGGCGCCGCGGGCCGAUGGGGCCGCCCGGUCCACCGGGAGACCCGGGGCUGGACGGGGGUCGCGGUGUGAAGGGCACCUCGAUCGGCGGCCAGCCUGGCGAUGGCGGGGAGAGCGGUCCACGGGGACUGAUCGGUGCCCGGGGGCCGCCGGGAGCGAUGGGGCCGAAGGGGCAGCCGGGAUUCGCCGGGCGCAAUCUGCAGGGCCCGAAGGGGGAUCCGGGAACGCCCGGGUUGAACGGGGACUUUGGCGAUAACGGGGACCAGGGCGACGAUGGGGAGCCGGGCGACAAGGGACUGGACGGGACGGGGUACAACAUUACGGGGCCACCGGGCCCCGUGGGCCUGCCGGGGCGGGCAGGACCUCCCGGCGACUGGGGGAUGAACGGGUACACUGGCGUGCCGGGCGACAAGGGCUACCGCGGGGAAGACUGCGGCACCUGUCCUCCGGGGCCGCGGGGUGGCAAGGGAGACGCCGGCGACAUCGGCCAGCCCGGACUCGACGGCUACGACGGACGCCGGGGGCUGCCGGGACCGCGCGGGGAGAAAGGAAACCGUGGCAUGCCGGGAAAGCGGGGUGGCGACGGACCCAAAGGUGAAAAGGGAGACUUUGGGGAGAACGGAGUGCCGGGAAUUCGCGGAGCGCCAGGAAUCGUGAUCGACACCUUCGACCACCGGAUGCCGGAACCGGGCGAGGAUGGAGUCAUGGGGCCGCGUGGUGAGCAAGGGCCGACCGGAGACGCCGGUGACCCGGGCCCAACCGGCUACGAUGGGCGGCCGGGCGAGCAGGGCGAGUACGGCGACGACGGGCUGACGGGCAUCCCGGGACAGGACGGGCGGCCGGGCCAGCCGGGUCGCGACGGUAUCGCGGGGCGGGACGCAUUCGUCAACGAGUACAACGCGUGGUCCAUUCGCGGCGUCCCCGGAGCACCGGGCGAUGGCGGAGCGAAGGGCGAGCGGGGCGAUCAGGGUGACCGCGGCGAGCCGGGUGCGAUGUCGGCCAUGGACUUCUCGAUCGCCGGCGACAAGGGCGUUGUGGGCGAGCCCGGCGCACCGGGCCCGAAGGGCGAGAAGGGCUACCGCGGCGAGACGGGCUUCCUGGGGUUGCGCGGCUUCGACGGACCGCCCGGCCUCCAGGGGCUCAGCAUCGCGGGACCGGAAGGAUACAAGGGGUACUACGGCAUCAUCGGAGACCACGGUCCAGCGGGGCCGGACGGGCGCGACGGAACCCCCGGGCCGGACGGAAUCGCCGGGCUGCAGGGCCUGCGAGGCCAGCGCGGUGACCCGGGCCGCCCGAUCCUGAUGGGCGAGAAGGGCGUGGAGGGCGAGGGCGGCUUCUACGGCGAGAUCGGCGACAAGGGCUUCCGGGGGCCGGAAGGAGUGCGCGGCCCGCACGGCACGGUCGGCGUGAAGGGCGAACAGGGCGAGCCCGGUUCGUACGGGAAGCCGGGGCUGCGCGGCAACAAGGGCCAGCCGGGCGACAUUAUCUACGGAGACCGCGGGGCACCGGGAGCGCCGGGGCGCGACGGACGCAUCGCACCGUACGGCGACAAGGGCGAGCGCGGUGACGCCGGCAUCGAGGGACCGCAAGGACCGAAGGGCGAAGCGGGGGCCAUCGGACGCGACGGCUUCCCGGGGCUGCCGGGCGACGACGGAGCUGCGGGCGAGCGGGGCCUCCCCGGACGGAUGGGCGACAUGGGCGAGGAAGGCUACACGGGCGAGCGGGGCCUCUCCGGGGACAUCGGCCACCCGGGACUGACUGGCGCCCGAGGGCUGGCGGGAGUGCGCGGGCCACAGGGGCUGGCAGGAGACCCGGGCGACAUGGGACUCCCGGGCCGGAAUGGCGCGUACGGACGGAAGGGUGAGCGGGGCGACACCGGCGACAUGGGGCCGCGUGGCCAGAAGGGCGGCGCCUCGUUCAGCGGCCUGAAGGGCGAGGUGGGUGAGCCGGGCAUGCGUGGGCCACCCGGCUACGACGCGCGCCCAGGGCUGAUGGGCCGGAAGGGCCAGGAGGGAGACCCCGGCCUAGCGAUCGACGGAAAGCGCGGCACCAAGGGCCAGAAGGGCGCCCCCGGCUACCACGGACUCCCGGGGCGACCCGGAGCGAAGGGCGAGCGCGGCGACGAAGGGGUGCUCGGCCAGAAGGGCAUCGCCGGAGACAAGGGACGCGACGGAUACCCCGGCAUCAGUGGACGCCCCGGACGGGUGGGGGCACGAGGAGCGGUCGGAGCGCGCGGUGAGCAGGGAGCGCGCGGCCAGACCGGAGACCCUGGCGUCGACGGACUACGCGGAUUCGGUGGCGAGAAGGGUCUGCGUGGUGACGUCGGAUUGGCGGGGUUGGUGGGGAUACCGGGACAGCCCGGCGACCCCGGCUUCCCGGGCAUCCCCGGCAACGUGCUGGCGGCGGCGGCCCAAAAGGGAGACCAGGGCGAUCCGGCCCCUGAGGGCCCCGAAGGUGACCAAGGGCCCCCGGGGCUGAAGGGCCCGCGGGGCUACCCGGGACGGAAGGGAACCCAGGGCCCACCCGGCUAUCCGGGGUUGGCUGGCAUCGAGGGACGCGACGGCCCGAAGGGACAGCGAGGAGACGUCGGCCGCAAGGGACCACCGGGCCAGCUGGAGGUGAUGCCGGAGCGUGGCGAAGCGGGUGACGCUGGAUUCGACGGGUUCAGUGGGCGGCCGGGGCUCACCGGCAACAAGGGAGCACCGGGCGACUACGGUGACAACGGACUGAUCGGCAUGCCCGGCCCGCCAGGCUUCGUGAAUGGCGCGCUGAAGGGCACCCGUGGCGACGUCGGCUUCGAGGGCGCCCCUGGGCUCGACGGCCUGCCCGGCUUGCCCGGCAUCGAGGGCCCGAUGGGUCCGGCCGGACCACGGGGUCUACCCGGCAGCAUCGGCCCCAUCAUGCCCGGGUUCCGCGGGGACCCGGGCGAGGAUGGCCUGCCGGGGCUGGAUGGCCUGCCCGGUCCGGUUGGGUUCCUGGGCGACCGCGGAAGCCCCGGGCUACCAGGAGUCCGCGGGCUCCCCGGACCCCGUGGCGCGGUGGGCGACGUCGGCGAGGAAGGCUUCAACGGGCGGCUCGGAAUGAGGGGCGCGAAGGGCGAGCUGGGCGAUCUACCGUCGCUGGUGAACUGGCGCCCGACGCAACCGGGCGACCGGGGAUUGUCCGGGAACCGUGGGCUCGAUGGCGACGAAGGUGAAGUAGGCCCAGCGGGUUACCCGGGGCUGCGCGGCCUGAAGGGUAUGCAAGGACCGACUGGCGAGGAGGGCCCACCCGGCCAACCCGGGGCCAAGGGCGAACGCGGCAUUGCCGGAGCACCCGGAGUGAACGGACUCGAUGGGCGCCCGGGCGACCCGGGACUCCCCGGGGACGAUGCGCCACCGCCACCACCACCGAACAACCUCGGAUACCUGUUCACGCGCCACUCCCAGAAGGUGGCCGUCCCAGAGUGCCCCAUCAACACGCACAAGCUGUGGGACGGGUACUCGCUCGCGAACGUCAUCGCUAGCAGCCGCUCGAUCGGCCAGGACCUCGGCUCGGCCGGCUCGUGCCUGCGGCGCUUCAGCACAAUGCCGUUCAUGUUCUGCGACAUCAACAACGUCUGCAACUACGCGUCCAACAACGACGACACCAUCUGGCUGGCGACACCCGAACCGAUGCCGAUGUCGAUGGCACCGAUCCCCGCCGACCAGGUCUCGCGCUACGUCUCGCGCUGCAGCGUGUGCGAGUCGAACACGCGCGUCAUGGCCCUGCACAGCCAGUCCAUGAGCAUUCCCGACUGCCCCGAGGGCUGGGAGGAACUCUGGCUCGGCUACAGCUACGUCAUGCACACGUCGGACAACUCGGGCGGCUUCGGGCAGGACUUUGUGUCGCCCGGGUCGUGUCUGGAGGAGUUCCGACCGCAGCCGGUGAUCGAGUGCCACGGGCACGGGACGUGCAACUUCUACGACGGCGUUUCCUCCUUCUGGCUGACCGUCAUCGACGACGAGGCGCAGUUCAACCGACCGCAGCAGCAAACCCUGAAGGCCCACCAGACGAGCAAAGUCAGCCGGUGCAUCGUGUGCCGCCGGAAGCCGAGCAUCAUGCGCGUGCUGAACGGGGGCGGGUCGAUCAGCGCCUCGGCCCUGCGCCGACCGCAGACGGCCACCGUGUCCAGGCCGCAGUAUCCGCCGGCCCCACCACAGUGGGCCAGCGGUCGGAGGCAGCCGGGCGGACGGCGAAAGUUCAAUCGCAACCAGGGCUAGCAGCAUCAGCAGGAGGUCUAACGCUGGAAAGGUUUAGUGGGAAAGUUUAGGAUUAACAUUAUGCGUGUAUCUGUGUGUGCCAUCUUCAAUCUCGCCCCCUGCCCACGGGCAGGAGCGAGUUCCCUUGGGCGCUCCUACGGCUUGGGGCUGACACUAAUUUCUUUGCUAGCCCUGUCCCUGCCAAUAACAAAACUGCCAUACACGAAGGGACUGGCACACGGUGGUCCGGUGGCCUUCCAUACCGAAUGUCCUUUAAUUAGCAUAGCAUAUUCUUCCUUCAUUGCGUGCCAAGCAGCCAAGGAGAGCGUCGAGAGUCAGGCGCUAGCGUCAGCUUUAUGUAACUGUAGAAAGUCAAGCCACAACAGAAACCAAACGAACUAUGUAAACGAGUUACUACGAGUUAAUAAAGAUGGAAAAUCGUAACA